AUGCACACCCUCCCUGCGGACGCCAUGGACGUGGAGCAGACUCAGUCUGUUCGCUUCGCUGACGAUGUUGAAGUCGCCGGCCAGCAUCAUCGCGAGUCGCUAGCUGUCGCUGAUGCAUCUUCAUCUUCUACUUCCUCGAGGAUUAUGGCACGACGAUUCAGCAGCCCCGCUACUUCGACCCCGGUUUCGUCGGCUCCAGCGGCCUUCCCUUCCUCGCCCUCGCGCGGGGAGGAGAGGGAUUACAUCCUCAACGCCGUGGCCGAGCGCCUGCGCCCCAACCAGACCUGCUUCAUCAUUUCGAUGGGCUGGUGGAACGCCUGGAAGGCCUACGCGGGCCUCGACGCCGUGGCGUCCUACACGUCAUCUUCGGAUCUUCCCUCUUCGCCUCGGCCCGGCCCGAUCAACAACCUCGUCCUCUGCCACGACAAGGACUGCCCGAGCCUCAUGGAGCUGUGCGCCCUGCGCGUCCUCGAGAUGCAGAAGAGGGGCCAGGUGUCCGUCAUCGAUGAAAACAGCACCGAAGAAGCCUCGGCCGUGCCUCCCCCGCAGCUCAACGUGGACGUUCUCGAGUUCCUCGCCAACUUCGACAAGACCCUCAUGCGUCGUGCCCUCUGCCGAGCUCGCGAGAUGAAGGCCGGGCUGAUCGAAGGCAAGGAUUGCGUAGCGGUGCCCGCCCCCGCGUGGAAGGCCCUACACGCCUGGUACGGCGGCGGACCCAUCAUCCCCCGCCCCGUCAUCGGCGUGGGCGUGCGCCAGCGCCUGCAAGUAGAGCUCUACCCGGUGACCCUCCUCGUGCUGCCUCUCAACAGCGGCCGCUCAUCGGACAGGGAGACCUACCGCUUCACCUUCUCGCCUCUCGAUCAUAUCAAGACCGUGCGCCGCGCCAUCUGCGGCCGCUUCCUCCACCCGCCUCACAAGGUCGAGCUCUUCUGGCAUCUCUCGUCAGUUGAUGCCGAGCACCUCUCCGAUCUCGAGCUCACCCUGGGCCAGAUGGGCUUGCAGGACGGCAGCCUCGUCUCCCUCCAGCGCGCAAUGCACGCCGACCCGCUUGGCCUCGCCGCCCCCACCGCUGCCGCCCCUCAGGCCCUCCCCCCUCAGCAACCCCAGCAGCUUCCGCAGAACGACGGUCGCCCGCUCGCCUCUCUCGCGCAGCCCUUGUAA